AUGCUGGUCGUCAAGCUUCUGUGGGUCAAAGCGCUUGGUGUUUGGUGGGCCAUCAAACCUAAGGUUAUUCGCAUAUUCUCAUCCCACCCAAAACCCACCCCCCGGAAUUUGUCUCGAGAAGCUCUUCUCCAAAGUCGCAAAGAGUAUCUCGAUUACCAUUUCUACAAACUACCUCCUUGCGACGCAUAUUCCAGAUCUGUUACCUCAAUGCCUCGAGCUAAACGUGCGCGUCGUGCACCCGCACAAUCUGCGAAGUCUCAUGCACGAUCACCUUCACCCGAUGCAAGUGACAACGAAGUUCCCCGACCGACUCGGUCUCCCGAGAGAGGUCGUAGAAGGACGACACGAUCUUCAGGUGCUUAUUCAAGUGCCGUCAACGAGCAAGAUGUUCUCGCGGCGAAUAGGCGUCGCGACGCAGCGCUAGACAAGCUAGCCAACGAGGAUCCUACUUCCACAGUCAGUAACAAUGUUGAGGAUGGAGAUUCUGGAAGCUCAAUCGAAGGUGGACGACGAGUAACAGCUACACCAACUCAAAGAAGGGACACGACUGGACUAGAUUUAGCGGAUAGCGUGUUUGGUGAUCUCGACGAUAGCUUCGGGAUCGAGGACGACGAUACCCGACCGGGACUGCGCUCAGCUGAUGCAUCCUCUCUCAACUUGAGCAACUUCAGGCGCAGACCACGCCAAUCCAGCAUUAUUGGGCGCAACGACCCUCCCAUUAGGCCCAGUAGCCGCGGCGGCAACACACCCAGUAUCAGCUCGACACUUCACUUCGGUGCCUUCAAGCGGCGCGCACGAGAGCCAAGCAUUUUGGGAACUGCGCGAAAGCCUCGACCGGAAGAAAAUGCCGCAGGACAGGAACCGGAUUCAGCGAGCGAGGACGAGGACGAUUUCAUGCCUGAAGCCGAAUCGACACCUCUCAACAACCGACGGCGGACAAAGCCCGAGACUGAGCCGGAGAUCGAGGUUCCUGCCUCUCCAGAAGUCUCCGCAGGACCGAAGCACAGGAAAAGGAAGAGCGAAGAUGCGCUACCAAGUAGUGAUCGGCCUGAUAAGGUAUCGCGAAUUGAGAAAGACGCGGACGAAGAAUCAGAGGAAGAAGCGGGACCAGCACCCCAUGUGAUUUCUGAUGAUGCAAGCGAUUCUUCACUGUCAGAUCUCGAUUCUCCCCUAGGACCAUCUCCGGUGCUUCUGGACAGGCCUGUUACCCCCAUCAAUAACGAGGAGCUCAUGGCUCUACCUGCCAGUAGUGAUUCAGAAGACGUGAACUGGCCUGAUAUUCAUACCUUGGCUAAGCGACGCCGAAGGCCUUCCGCCACAACACCUAUUCGCGCCGAUAACUUUUCAGAUGUAUCUUCACCUCCUUCUCUGACACACUCUCCCAAUUAUGCAGAGGCACCGAAGUCCCGAGGUCGGGCUACAACUCGACGUCAGCAACCAUCACCAAAGAUAACAACUGCCGACUUGACGAGUUUACUUCCGAAGCGCCAUUACAAGAAGCAGCGGGGCCCACUGGAACUGGAAAGCGACGAGGAGCAUGACACAUCCGGUAUCGGGGAGGACGAGGACGAGCUAUCGUAUCUUGACAGCCGGGCUGCGCGUCGAAGACGAGGCGGACGAUCGACCAGCCGCGGAGGCGCAAGGCGACCAGGCUCACGAGGCGGGCGCCCAACUCAGGCUCUCAAGCCCAGACAGCCGACCUCUGACAAGCAAACGGGUCGUAAUGCACAGACUUACUCGCGUCGGUCAUCGGACAAGGAGAAUGAGAAUGAGAAUGAUGCUGGUAGCGAUGAAGACGAGGAAGAGCACGAAGCCAGUCGUUUUCAGCCACUCCCAGACGAUACUUUUGAGAACGGAAGUGGUGAGAACGCAAGCACUCCAUCAGCUGAUGAACUCAAGCAAGCAGCAAGGAAGUUUAAAGAGGUUGACAGGUGGGAACUUGACUUUGAGGAGGUUACGCAGAGUUCGUCUCCACUUGCACGAUGAAGCACAAACGAAGCGAAGCAGAGCAAAGCAAAGCACAAAGAAUGAGAUGUGGGCGCCAAGUAAUAUGAAAGGAAAAGGGCCGAGGCGUUUAGCGGGUUGGAGCAACUGUUUUCGAGCAAAACCUUGGGAGUUACACAAAGGGAGUAUGCUAGGUCAGGGUAUUUUGUGAAAAUUCUGAAUGAUGCCUGUUUCGGGCUCACAUUGCAUUGUACGUUUAGGA